GUCGUCCACGGACAAACAUAACCGGGGGCGGGGAGCACUUCCACUUCUUUCUUCUCCUCCUCCUUCUUCGAAAGAGUGCUUGCUUUGAAGCUCAAGCUCUCGAGCUCCAAUGGCGACCGACUCCUUCCAAAUCGACCGCAGAAGCGGUUUCUGCAGCUCCAACUCCACCUUCUACAGCAAGCGCAAGCCCGUCCCCCUCCCCCCCAACCCCUCCGUCGACGUCACCACCUUCAUCUCCUCCCGUUCCCACCGCGGCUCCACCGCCUUCAUCGACGCCUCCUCCGGCCUCCAUGUCUCCUUCCCCGUGCUCUGGCGCUCCGUCGACUCCCUCGCCUCCCGCCUCUCCGCCGUGGGCAUCCGGAAGGGCGACGUCGUUCUCCUCCUCUCCCCCAACUCCAUCUCCUUCCCCGUCGUCUGCCUCGCCGUCAUGUCCCUCGGCGCCGUCAUCACCACCACCAACCCCCUCAACACCGCCUCCGAGAUCGCCAAGCAGAUCGCCGACUCCAAGCCCGUCCUCGCCUUCACCACCCCUGACCUCGCCCCCAAGCUCGCCGCCGCCGCCUCCUCCAGCCUCUCUCUCGUCCUCAUCGAGGACGCCGCAUCACCGUCGUCUCGACCGAUGGGCGGUGACAAUCGAUCCGCUCCGAGAGCAAAGAUAAUCACGACCCUGCGCGAGAUGAUCGCGAGCGGCGCAGAGGCGGGCGGGCGGCGAGUCAGGGAGCGAGUCGACCAGAACGACACAGCGACUCUGCUCUACUCGUCCGGCACCACCGGCGCGAGCAAGGGCGUCGUCUCCUCUCACCGGAACCUCAUCGCGAUGGUCCAGACAAUCCUCAACAGGUUCAAUUUGGACGAGGAAGGGGAGCAUCGAUUCUUGUGCACGGUGCCGAUGUUCCACAUCUACGGCCUGGCGGCUUUCGCGACGGGCCUGCUCGCGUCGGGGUCGACCAUCGUCGUCCUCUCCAAGUUCGACAUGCACGAGAUGCUCGCGUCGAUCGCCAAGUACAGGGCCACCUACCUGCCGCUCGUGCCGCCGAUCCUGGUCGCGAUGGUGAACAACGCGGACCAGAUAAGGGCGAGGCACGACCUGAGCUCGCUCCACUCGGUGCUCUCCGGCGGUGCCCCGCUGAGCCGGGAGGUGAUCGAAGGGUUCGCCGAGCGGUACCCGGCGGUGAGGAUCCUGCAGGGGUACGGGCUGACGGAGUCGGCGGGGGUCGGGGCGUCGACGGACUCGCUGGAGGAGAGCCGGCGGUACGGCACGGCGGGGCUGCUGUCGCCGAGCAUGGAGGCGAGGAUCGUCGAUCCGGAGAGCGGGGAGGCGGGGGGAGUGAAUCGAACGGGUGAGCUUUGGCUGCGGGGGCCCACCAUUAUGAAAGGUUAUUUCAGUAAUGCCGAAGCAACCGCCUCGACUUUGGAUUCGGAGGGAUGGCUGAGAACCGGCGAUGUGUGCUACUUCGAUGAGGACGGGUUCAUUUUCGUGGUCGACCGGCUGAAGGAACUCAUCAAAUAUAAAGGGUAUCAGGUUCCUCCGGCGGAAUUAGAGGCAUUGUUGCUCAUGCAUCCGGAUAUCGCCGAUGCUGCCGUUAUACCGUUUCCUGAUAAGGAGGUCGGCCAAUUCCCCAUGGCAUACGUGGUAAGACAAGCAGGAAGGGAGAUAUCAGAGACAGCGGUCAUGGACUUCGUAGCCAGACAGGUGGCCCCAUAUAAGAAAAUCCGGAGAGUGGCAUUCAUUGCUUCCAUACCGAAGAAUCCUUCUGGCAAGAUCCUUAGGAAGGAUCUCAUCAAGCUUGCAACGUCCAAACUGUGAGGCAUCAGGAGCUUAUUGCUGCAGCAACGUGCAAUCGUCUUUCUCAGUUGAUAUGCAGUUCCCCUAGCUAGUCGUUUGCGAGAUAUUAAUUCCUAGAAAGUAUUUUCCACCUUGAGAUUCCUGAGAACUAAUUCGUCAGCCCCAUGGUCAUCUUGUAUCCAGCUAAAGAGUGCUAGUUAGCUUCUGUAUCGUUGUCUUUUUUGCAAAUGCCAGAACCUCAAUUUUCUGUA